CCGGAAAAUCUCAUCGUUUCUCUCGUAAUUUUCCCAGGAAGAUCGUUAGAAGUAACAGCGUAAAAUGGCGGAUGAGGUGGCAAUCCACGGCGACGUUGAUGAUCGCGCGGCGAAGACGAUCUCCUCCUCCGAUCAGGAAAUGGAGAGGAAGAAUCAGGAGCUCAAGAGGGAGAAUCUUGAGAAGAAGGAGAGGUUAAAGAAGCUAACGGAAGAAAUCGAGGAGAUGAAACACGUAGAAGCGGAGAUGAAUCAGAGCAUAGAAGAAAUGGAGAAAGAGAUUGAGGAUUACGAGGAAGAGAAGAAGGCUCUUGAGUCUAUUUCGACCAGAGCUGUUGAGCUGGAGACGGAGGUGUUGAGUCUUCAGGAGGAUGUCAAUGCUUCGUUGACGGAGGUGGAUAAGAAGGUGGGAGAAGUGGAGGAGUUGAAGAGAGUUUUGGUGGAGGAAGGGGAGAAGUUUGAAGGGUGUGAGAAGGAAGCUGAGGGGUUAAGGAAAGAUAGAGCUGAGGUUGAGAGGAAGGUUAGGGAUUUGGAAAGGAAGAUUGGGGUUUUUGAGGUGAAGGUAGUGGAGGAGAAGAGCAAGAAGGUUAGGUUAGAGGAGGAGAUUAGGGAGAAGGAUGGUGCGAAAGAGAAGGAGAUUAAGGAGUUGAAGAAGAAAGUUGGGGACUUGAAUGUGGAGCUGGUGAAGAAUGGUGAGGAGUUGAAGAGAUGCAAGUCUGAGAAGAAGAAUGGGGCAGUGAGUGAAGCUGAGGGAAGAGAGAAGGAAAUGGAGUUGAAGAAGAAAGAGUUGGUGAAGAAGGUUGAGGAAGCGAGGGAGGUGAUAGUUGAGUUGAAAGAGAGGGCUAUGAAGCCUAGUAUCAGUGAGAGAAACACAAAGGGUGACAUGAAAGUAGAGUCGUGGUGGCCUUGGUGCUAGUUUGGUUGCAGCGACACCAUUCGUCUGCUAUUCCAAGCUAAGGUGGUUUUUUUCUGAUUGAUAUGUGUUAGCGGAGGAGGAAUAACUGAUGACCAAGUUCUUAAGAUUGAUUUCAAGAUUGGUUAGAACUUUGUUUUGGGUUUGUGGUGUUUUUUUUUUUGUUGUUUAUGGCGAAAUCUUCAGUUUUUGUUAUGCCACGAAUGAAUUUCGUAACUGUGUUUUUUAUCACAUCUACUUGUCUUUUUCUUUUUCAAUGUAUCUGAUUUCAAAGCGAAGCAUGUUUUGCUUGACCAGUGCUUCUUCAUCCCAAGGCCAUGAGUACCAAUAUUCCUUGCAAGGGAAAAAAACUCAAUAU